AUGACAGAAAUUACAGUGGAUAAUUUAAACAAUAAUUCAGAAAUAAAUUCAAGAAAUCUGUCACUUUAUCCAAGAGAAAUUAUAUUUACUGAUAAACAAAGAGAUGCUAUUGUUUGUAUAGAAGGUCCAUUUAGUACUUGUACAUCGCAUAUAUUUGAUUGCGAACAUGUUGUAUUAGUCGGUGCUGGUAUUGGUACACCAUCAACAAGUAAUUCACAAUCAAGAUAUCUUGAUAUUCAUCUUUAUUGUACAUCAAUACGUAGUAAUGAACAAUUUAAGUUAGAAAAUCUUCAAUUAAGAACACCAACACAUGUUGGAUGA